CUCGUCCAGUCCACCUGCUGAGUGCUCUCCCAGCGCAUGCUUCCAGCAAAGCAAAACACCAGACGAAACGGAACCAAAGCUGGUCGCUUGACAGCCUGCCUGCUUCGCUUCCUUCCCUCUUCCUCCCUACAAAUCUCUCGUCUCUCCGUUUCAUUCAUCCCUCUCUCUCCACCUCGAUUCUCCCUCAACUCCGCCCAUCGCUUUCUUGUCCUUACACGCGCGCCGUUCGAUUCGAAUCGGGCAGCUGUUAGGCAGGCAUGGCCGAGGAGACGAAGCAAGAAACUGCCGCGGCAGCCGCCGAGUUGGUCGCGACGGAGGCGGAGAAGAAGGCGGAGGUGGAGGAGAAGGUUGACGAGGCAGCGGCGGCGGCGGCAGAGGAGGCGGAGGAGGAGAAGAAGAUAGAGGAGGCGGAGACGGAGGCCGGGGCGGAAGAGGCGGCGGUGAUCGAGGGCAGCACGGGGUCGUUCAAGGAGGAGAGUAACCUGGUGUCCGAGCUCGCCGACCCCGAGCAGAAGGCGCUUGCCCAGCUCAAGGAGCUCAUCGCCGCCGCGCUCGCCAGCGGGGAGUUCGAUCUGCCGCCGCCCCCGCCGCCGGUUCAGCCCGACACGGCGACUCCGGCGGCCGACGAUGCCAAGACGGAGGAGGCAGAGGAGCCUAAGGCCGAGGAGGCGGCCAAGAGCGAUGCGGCGCCCGAAGGAGAGGAGCCUAAGGCCGAGGAGGCUGAGGUGAGCGAGCCCAAGACAGAGGCUCCCGCGCCAGAGGAGCCCAAGACGGACGACCCGGCCCAGGAGGAGCCCAAGACCGUGGAGCCCACCAAGGAGGAGCCCAACACAGAGGCGCCAGUGGUGGCCGCCGCCGAGCAGCCCAAGGCCGUGGCGGCGGCCGAGGAAGCCAAGCCGGCCGAGCCGACGCCGGAGACGGAAGAGAAAACCGUCGUGGUCACCGAGGAGGAAGGCACCAAAGCCGUGGAAGCCACAGAGGAGACCGCCGUCCCCGCCGCAUCCGAGCCUGAAGCGGCGCCGGCGGCGGAGCUGAUCUGGGGUGUGCCGCUGGUGGGCGACGACGAGCGCACGGACACCGUGCUUCUCAAGUUCCUUCGCGCACGGGAGUUCAAGGUGAAGGAGGCCAUGGCGAUGCUCAAGGCGGCGGUGCUGUGGCGCAAGAGCUUCGGCAUCGACGCGCUCCUGGGAACCGACCUCGGCGUGCCGGAGUUGGAGAACGUGGUGUUCUACCGCGGCGCCGAUCGCGAGGGACACCCCGUCUGCUACAAUGUCUACAGCGAGUUCCAGGACAAGGAGCUCUACGAGAAGGCAUUCGGUGACGAUGAGAAGCGGGAGCGCUUCCUCAAGUGGCGUAUCCAGCUCCUCGAGCGUGGCAUCCUUGAGCAGCUGGACUUCUCGCCCAGCGGCAUCUGCUCCAUGGUGCAGGUCACUGACCUCAAGAAUUCGCCACCCAUGCUCGGCAAGCACCGCGCCGUCACCCGCCAGGCGCUGUCACUGCUCCAGGACAACUACCCAGAGUUCAUCGCCAAGAAGGUUUUCAUCAAUGUGCCAUGGUGGUAUCUUGCGGCAAACAAAAUGAUGAGUCCGUUCCUUACACAACGCACCAAGAGCAAAUUCACGUUUUGCAGCCCAGCCAAGACCGCGGAGACCCUUUUCAGAUACAUUGCGCCAGAGCAGGUCCCUGUCCAAUUUGGUGGCCUCUUUAAAGAAGAUGACACUGAGUUCUCAACUUCUGAUGCUGUUACUGAGCUCACUGUCAAACCUUCUUCAAAAGAAACCAUUGAGAUUCCUGCUACUGAGAACUCCACGGUUGUGUGGGAGCUUCGUGUGCUUGGAUGGGAGGUGAGCUAUGGUGUGGAGUUCACCCCUGAUGCGGAGGGUGGCUACACGGUCAUCGUGCAAAAGACAAGGAAGGUGCCCGCUAAUGAGGAACCAAUCAUGAAGGGCAACUUCAAAGUUACUGAGCCUGGCAAGGUUGUGCUCGCCGUCAACAACCCAACAUCAAAGAAGAAGAAGCUACUGUAUCGACUCAAGGUCAAGAGCUCCACCGAAUCCGCUUGAGGUUUCCGCUGUCCACAGGUCCAUAUCCCCACCAUUUGAACAUUUUGCAUGAUAGGCGAAAAAUAUGAUUUUAGAUGUCCAUUUUGUGUUUAUUUCUUUAAUUUGUUGGCUUGCUGUUUCUUGGGGUCAGAUUUGUAUGCUUUUAUUCAAACCAAAGUGAGCUUGUUGUUCUAUGAGAUAGCUGUGAUCAGAAGCUGGGGAAGUUUGAGAUAGUGACGGUCUCGAGAUCAGGAGGGGGCGAGGGGCAGCUGUGGUAGGAAGGACCGAAGAACUGUUGCUUAUCUGUAUAUCUGUCUGUACAUGGUAUCCAUGGAUUCUCUUUCAAAAACAUGUUAAUUCUUAGAAAGUCUCCAUGUUUUGUGGUCACCAGCACCAUGUUACUCUCCAUGUUCGUCUGCUCCUUCCCUUUUGUCGUUGUUCUUGCCUGUUGGCGCCUUGUAUCUGGCAAUGAUUACGGACAAAUUACGUCCAUGCCAUGGACGUCAGUA